UCCUCAAGCUCAAUCAGCAAUCGCACAAACUAAAACAAAAAACCUUGUGUGUGGGAUCGGAAGAUUCAUAGUCGAAACCCCUCAAAAACCCAGGAAAAACAUGGAUUUCCAGGUGGUUGUACUUGCAGGUGGCACUUCCAAAAACCUCGUCCCUCUUGUCUCCAAGGAGGUUCCUAAAGCAUUGCUCCCAGUUGGGAAUCGGCCAUUAGUGUCGUAUGUAUUGGACCUUUUGGAACAAAGCAAUCUCAAGGAUAUUAUUGUGGUGGUUGGAGGUGCAGAUGCUGCUGUUAAAGUUGGUGCAUGGAUUUCGAGUGCUUAUGUCGAUCGUCUUCGUGUUGAGGUUGUUGCUGCUCCGGAGGAUAAGGGAACUGCUGCAGCACUUCGUGCAAUUUCCCAUCACUUGACUGCUAGCGACGUUUUGGUGGUGAGUGGUGACCUUGUUUGUGAUGUUCCCCCGGGGGCUGUGGCAGCUGCUCAUAGACGACAUGAUGCAGUUGUGACUGCAAUGCUUUGUUCCACCCCUGUUAGUGGAAAUACAGAAUCUGUAUCGUCUAGUGGAAAGGAGAAGAAACCAGCACGUUGUAAUAUCAUAGGAUUGGAUGUCACAAAACAGUUUUUACUGCACAUAGCUGCAGGCACCGAGGUUAAUAAAGAUAUGCGAUAUCAGAAGAGCAUACAACAGGCAGCUGGGCAGAUGGAGAUCCGAACUGAUCUUAUGGAUGCCCAUCUAUAUGCUUUCAAGAGAUCUGUUCUUCAAGAAGUUCUUGUCAAGGAUCUUGACCAGAAAGAGAAAUUUAGAAGCUUAAAGCAGGAUGUGCUGCCCUAUCUUGUCCGUACACAGCUGAGAUCAGAUGUCCUGACAAAUGUGACUCUGCAAACAGAAGAAAACGGGAAUGGAAUACUCUCAUCAGAUAAAAACCAAGUUAUGCUCUCCCAACUAUUGGCUAAUGCUUCUACCCCGAGUUUCCAUGAACUAUUUGCGUUGGGACGUAAUGGAGUUGCUAGCACUAUGAGAAAAACGCACAAAUGCUGUGUUUACAUUGCUGGCAAUGACAAGUACUGUGCACGCUUGAAUUCCAUUCAAGCUUACAGUGACAUCAAUCGCGAUGUCAUUGGAGAUGCUAGCCAUUUAUCAGGGUAUUCAUUUUCUCCUCAGCACAACAUCAUUCAUCCUUUUGCCGAGAUUGGAUCAAAGACUAAAGUGGGACCGCAUUGUAUAAUUGGUGAAGGUUCACAAAUGGGUGAUAAAUGUAGUGUAAAACGAUCUGUCAUUGGUCGUCAUUGUCGGAUAGGUUCAGACGUUAAGAUCGUGAAUUCAGUGGUUAUGGAUCAUAUUACCAUCAGUGAUGGCUGUUCGAUUCAAAGUUCUGUUAUCUGCAGUAAUGUACAACUUCAAGAACGCGCUGUUUUGAAAGACUGCCAAGUUGGAGCAGGUUAUGUGGUCACUGCAGGCAGCGAAAACAAAGGGGAGUCUUUGGCAAAGAAAGAGAAAACCGUCUCUACAUGAGUUUUGUUUCGCGUACUUUUCUUAGAAAUUUAAGAUGCUAGGUUGUUGAAGAGGCAAAUGUGAAGGUGGUUGUUUGGAUUUUGUUGUAUUAAAAAUAUAGGAAACUGAAGUGAAUACCAGUUUCCCUCAGAAAAAAAAGAAAGGAAACUGAAUACCAGUUAAUAUCAUCAAUUUUGUUCCAAUAUCCCCAUUUUUUGUGCUUAGAUUUGCUUCAGUAUAUCUGUAUUCUACUGAAUAUUCAACAGAAGAUCGAGAUCUGUUUGGUUAGGUUAUGUGAAAUUUUAUUGAGAUGUAGAUAAGCGUGGCGAUAAGCCGAUAAAAACUUUGUUUUUUGCACUCAUGUAUAAGGUUCCGUUCUAUUUGACUUA